CAUCACCACAAAGAGGCCACUUCUCCUUCUUUCUCCCCGCUAAACUACAAUAAUGGCUGCAGCGGCGAAGAAGACGAGAGGAAGGCAAAAGAUCGCCAUGCAAAGGAUCGUGAACAACGACGACCGCAUGGUCACCUUCUCGAAGCGCAGGUCGGGUCUCUACAAGAAGGCCAACGAGCUGGCCACGCUCUGCGGCGCCGACGUGGCGCUCCUCAUCUUCUCCCAGGCCGGUCGGGCCUGCAGCUUCGGCUCGCCGUCCAUCGAACCCGUCGCCCACCGGUUCCUGGACCGGCCCGGCCCGCCCCUUCCCCGGUUCGAGGAGGCUCAGCGGCGUGCGAAGAUCAACGAGUUGUGCCAGCGCCACGACGAGGUCGUGGAGCAGGUGGACGCGCUGAAGGCGCGUCAGGGGGAUCUGAGGAAGGUGAUGACGUGGAGGAAGGCGCGAUUGGAUUGGUGGGAGAUUCCGGUCGGGGAGAUGAACCGGGACCAGCUCCGGGUGAGUGAAUUUCUCUUCGGGGAGGUUGCUGCGGCUCUGGAUGAGAAGGUGAAGGAGAAUAAUUAUAAUAAUAACAAUAACUUCGGGUCGUCGUCGUCGGCGGGGUCUGGUGCUAAUCCGGGUGGCGCCGGCGGAAGCAUUUGAGUGUGACUUUCGAAGGUUUUAUUAAUGUGGCGAACAUUUCAGAAAAUAUACUAAGUUAUCGUUCUUGGUGUACUUUUGAAGAGUUUAAUUGAAUAAGUAGCGUUCACAACUUCACAUAAAAUUUAUAGUUAGCUUUUAUCACAAAAUUGGAAAGUAGUAUAAAUCAAAACAAAUGUCGAACACAAAUGAGGCGUCUAUAAUUUAGGUUACCAAUUCGUGAAGCGCGAGAGGAAGAGCGAGAGCGGGCGAGGAAGAGCGCAAAAGGCAUUUAUUCUCAGAGAAUGAUGUGUUUAGAGUGUCGAUGGAGCGUAUAUCUUAUAUUAUUUUGAUUAAAAUAUUAUUUAAUAUCAUACCAAAAUUUUAAAACAUACUAAAUAAUUAUAAACAGAAAAUUAAAAAGAUACAAGGUACACCUAGGCUAGAAAUGAAAUAGGAAAACUUAAUAAGCCCAAUUAAUAUCAAAGUGAUUAUUAUUAUCAUUUUAUUCAUAAAUGAACUACCUAAAAUUGUUCUUUUUUAUAAAUUUAUUUAUGUUGUAUUUUAUAAUAAAAAAAAUUAUAGGAAGUACAUGCCUCUCCCCCUCCCACUACAACCCACCAAAAUUUUCGCAAAUGAUAUCCUGAUUCUCUCUCAUUUGCUUCCCAAACUUUCCCAACCAUUCGUCUUCAACCAUAGUCCCCUUCCUCCCAAAAAUUUCCAUCCCCCAUAAUUUUUAAGGGUACAAUACAGAAAAUUAUAGUAGCAAUUCGUACAAUCUGUGUAUCAGAAUCCACCUUAAAAUUCUAGUCGAGUCUCUCUACAAAUUCAAUUAUAAGCACUCAAUCCAAUUGACUUAACAAACCUCGUAGAUGGCCCAUAUUCUACUGAGUCAUUUCAUAUAUCGUCGGUAAUUAAUAGAUCAUCUUCUCGUUUGUGAGUUUUAUACGAAUUCCUCCCAAUUCAAGUUUGUGCUCUGGAGCAGGAUCAUCGUCCCUUAUCACAUGAAUUGUGUAACCUAAUUUACAAUAGAGACAAACAAACUAAACAAAAUUCCAAAUGAGCUUCAUUUUGAAUCAUCGUGUUGGUACUUUCCCUCCUAAUGCACUCAUUGGCUAUCCAUACCUCAACUUCAAGAGUUUUCUCCAAAGUCAAAGACCCUAUUUGAGACUCUUUCAAAUCCCAGAAUUUAACCUGUGUCGAUUCACCCAGCGAACCCAAAUGCUUUGUUUGGGAGGAGAUGCAAUUAUAUGGGUGCAUAUUAUAAGGGGUAAGUGGCAUUCUCAAGAUAACUGCACUCGUUUGGUUUGCUAGGAGUUGAUAAAGUAGGGUCAAAUUAACUGUUCUACCUCCCUCCUAAAAUCGGGAUGCAAAGAAGGGAAAAAGUGGAGGUUGAUUAUUUAUAUUAUAUUAGAGGGGAAAUGUAGAAAAAUGGUGGAUUAUCAUAGAGUGGUGGGCCAUGAUGAGUGGGAACCUGAGAAAUGGGUGGGUUUUGAAUAUUUUUUUAUUUGUUUUGUUUUAUUUUAAUUAUAAUAAUUAUUAUAUUAAUAUUUAUAUUUUACCCCUACCAUUUGCACCCCUUACUUUGUCUCCCAAACAACAAUUUGCACCACCAUUUACACCCAUUUACAAUUUGCUCCCCCUAUAAUUUACCUCUCAACUUGCACCCUCUUUGAAUUUGCACCCCUCUCGUUACUAAACAUAGCGAAAAUAAGUGUGCUAGAGGUGUCCAAAUCACAUGUGGCAAUAACAUACAUUCAAUAUUCAAGUCAUGAUAUCCUUUAGGGUCUACCCUUCUCUACAUCCAGAAUGUAACUGAUGGGCCCUUUACAAUGAUAGCCUUGAGCAAUCUCCUAGGUAGGGCUGCAAAUGAUCCGAGUCGAGUUUUACCCCAGCUUGAGCUCGGCUCGUUAAUAAACGAGUCGAGCUCAGCUUGUUUAUUAACGAGCCGAGUCGAGUCGAGUUCGAGCUAACUUGUUUACUAAAAUCUUGACUUUUAU